CACAUCGGGCGAGAUUCUGCUUUGUAGUUCAAGUGCCGGUAGACAUGGCGCCCAAGACUGAUGAGCAGAAGGCUGGUAAGAGCAAGGCCGAGAAGAAGCCCAUGAAGAAGGCGGAGAAGAAAAUCAAGAGCGACGUCAAGAGCGAUGUGAAGAAGAAGUCGAAGAAGAGCGUCGAGACCUACAAGAUUUAUAUCUAUAAAGUGUUGAAGCAGGUGCAUCCCGAUACCGGUAUUUCAUCCAAGGCCAUGGGUAUCAUGAACUCGUUUAUUAACGACAUUUUCGAGAAGCUGGCCCAGGAGGCUGCCAGGCUUGCCCGAUACAAUAAGAAGCCCACCAUCACUUCGCGUGAGAUCCAGAUUGCUGUGCGUUUAAUCCUGCCCGGAGAGCUGGCUAAGCACGCUGUGUCCGAGGGGACCAAGGCUGUCACCAAGUUGACAAGCGCCUAAGUGUUUACUAUGUAUCUCGAAUACAGGGUAAUUUUUUGAUACCACCCUUCAUUGGAUCGCACAACUUCUAAUGUCACACAGAGUUGCUACUGGCAUUUAAGGGUGGAAAUUGGACUCAUGUAUAUACAAUUUUGUAAAUCUGAGUAUCAACAUUUCUCAUUGUGCGUGUGAUGUGUAAUGUGCGGAGCAUUCGUUAUUUGCUGCGUGAUUCUGGUGAAAGGCGGAAUAUUUAGUUACACUACCUGGGAAAAUGUAGUCCUUGGUUGUCUUGUGCCUAGUCCGUAUUACAAAGUACUUUGCAAUUUUCUCAGAGCGUCUAUGCCUAGAAAUUGCGUGGCCGCUCAGCUGUAUUAAUGGCCACGUAGGAACAUAGGGCCCCCUCGUAUUGGUUUUGAACUUAUUGAAGGCGUGCAAGUUUCCAUAAUCUCAUGGCACCCGAACUCGAACAGAUGUGUUACCUUCUACUCAUCGAUGCCUUCUAUGUUUUCACCCCGGGUCUAGUGCAUCAAGCUGAAUUCGUUUGAAA